UCUGAGCUUCGGAUAGAUGAAAUAAAUAAGAAGGCAACUUCUUCAACACUUCUGAAUUCCUCAGUCUAGUACACUGCUGUGGUGCAUUACGCAGCACGAGACCAUCUUCAUCCGCACCUGUUCCUACUGAAGAUGAAACCUCGCCGACUACUGCAACAGACGAAGCCACAGAGAUCAAUCAGAGUACAGCACAACUGUCAGGGUCAAGAUGACGCAAAUGGGGCUUUACUCAAAGUUCCCUGCAGAAGAGGCCAUGCUGACAGAUUUUAAGCGCUACCUGAUCAACACCCUGCAGGUCCCAAACUGCCAGCAGGAGGUAGACAACGUCUCCAGGAUGCUGAGGUACAUCCAGCCAAGUGGGGAUGAAGUCAGCUUGGACUUCCUGCUAAAGUCCACUGAGACCAAAGACUACCUCACUCAACUCCGGCGCGCUGACAUGGUCCCAGCCACCAUUUUGAACUACAUAAAUAACAUGAUCCGGUUUGUUCAGUAUUUGAAGACCCACCUGAACUUGGCUGCAGCAGAUCCGGACUUCUACAGGAAGUGCCAAGCCUACCUCGACCUCCUCGCUUUCAUCAGAAAGCCAGUGGCCAAGUCACACAGCAAGGUCACCUGUAAAACAAGGUAUGAACGGUUCCAAGAGGGUGAGAAGAGCCUUCAGGAGUGCCAGGCAGUCCUCCGGAAGGCCAAAAAAGACAUGCUGUCCGUUUAUGGGAGGCUGCUGGAAGGUGACCACGUGGCUUCAGAGGAAAAGACGAUGUUCCGGUACUUCUGUGAAGCAAUCCUGAUCCUCGGUCACUUCCAGAGACCAGGAGCGGUGGAGGGAGUAACAACAGCAGAGUGGGAGGCCAGAAAGAAUUCUGGGGGAAAGGCGGUCCAUAAGACCAAAAAGUAGCAUUUAUUAAACGGAUCAGCCUCUAGAAAAUUAGAUAGUUCAAGUUUGGGAGUUUCAUCUGAUAUUUCUGCCCC